AGCAUGUCUCUGUGUCACACACACCUUAACACACACCAGACCUCUUCUCUCAUGACAGGAAAACUCUUCCACAGUUUCGUCCACCGCUGAGUGCACACUACACACUGAGGAUAAUGUUACCCUGUUUAAACUUUGCUGUGGUCCUCUGUCUCCUGCAGGUCCUCUGCAUUACCGCUGACAUAGACAGCGGCUCCUUCCUCAUCUACAACGAGAACCACAACAAAUGCAUCAAGGUGGAGACCGCCACCUCCAUCACGGUGGCCCAGUGCGAUCCUCACGCCAAAGAGCAGCAGUUUCGUUGGGCCUCCGAGUCGCGCAUCCUCAGCCUUAAGCUCAAGCUCUGCCUGGCGGCGACAGAAAUUACAGACUGGGUGAAGGUGGUCCUCUUUGAGUGUGAUGAGAGUAAUGUCCUCCAACACUGGCAGUGCAAGAAUGAGACCCUGUUUGGCCUGAAAAACGAGGACCUGCACUUAAACUGGGGCAACCGCAAUGAGAGGAACAUAAUGAUCUACAAAGGCUCGGGGCUCUGGAGUCGCUGGAGGAUAUUUGGCACCCGGGGAGACCUCUGUUCAAUGGGGUUUCAAGAGAUUUUCACAUUAGGGGGCAAUGGCUUCGGAGCGCCCUGUCAGUUCCCAUUUAGGUUUGCAGAGAAGUGGUACGCUGAAUGCACAAGGGAAGGCCGCGCAGACGGACAGCUGUGGUGUGCAACCGAGCGGGAUUACGAUAAACAGAGAAAGUGGGGCUUCUGUCCCACGAAAGGAACCUCAGGCUGGGACACCGACCCGGUCACAGGGGUUGAGUAUCAGAGGAACGCACUGUCAGUGUUGACGUGGCAUCAGGCCAGGAAGAGCUGCCAGCAGCAAGGAGGAGACCUCCUCAGCAUUGUAGAGCUACACGAACAGUCAUACAUCUCAGGGUUGACGAAUACAUUGGGAACGUCGCUGUGGAUUGGACUCAACAGCUUGGAUUUUGAGAAAGGAUGGCAGUGGAGCAACGGAAACCCUUUCAGAUAUUUAAACUGGGCUCCAGGUCAUCCCUCAUCAGAACCCGGGCUUACCUGUGCAACCCUUAAUGCUGGAAAAGCCUCAAAAUGGGAGAGCAGCUCUUGCGACAAGAAACUUGGUUACAUUUGUCGCAAAGGAAACUCUACCAGUCUGCCCACAAUACCAAGCAAAGACCAGCCCAGCUUCUGCCCCAGUCACUGGGUUCCAUACGCAGGUAACUGUUACUACCUGGAGAGGAAUAAAAAGAUGUGGAGGGACGCUUUGGCUGCGUGUCACAAAGAGGGUGGAGACCUGGCCAGCAUACACAACAUCGAAGAGCAGAGCUUCAUUAUAUCUCAGUCUGGAUACUUACCGACGGAUGUUCUCUGGAUUGGCUUGAACGAUCAGAGGAACCAGAUGCUGUUUGAAUGGUCCGAUCGCUCGCCUGUGACCUUCACGCAGUGGGAGACUGGUGAGCCGUCUCAUGUCACCAACCUCCAGGAGGACUGUGUCCUCAUCAGAGGAAAGGACGGGAGCUGGGUUGACCACAUGUGUGAGAGGGCGUAUGGAUACAUCUGUAAGAAGAAGGCCUCCACGAAGCCAGAUGAAGGCGCCCAAGAGGAAGCCAACCCAGGCUGCAAGCUUGGCUCCAUCAGGUAUGGAUCGUAUUGUUACAACAUUGGGUCAGAGAAAAAAACUUUUGAUGAUGCAAAGCGGGCAUGUGGAGAGGCCGGAGGAAACCUGGUGGACGUGGCUGAUAGAUAUGAGAACGCCCUCUUGGUCAGCAUGGUGGGUUUGAGACCAGAGAAGUACUUCUGGACAGGUUUAUCCAACACAGCCGACAAAAGCACAUUUAGAUGGACCACCAGAAGACGAGUAACAUUCACUAAUUUCAAUGUGGGCAUGCCAGACAGGCACCAAGGAUGCGUUGCCAUGACAACUGGGGUUUUUGCGGGAUUAUGGGAUGUUGUCAGCUGCAGCAACAAGGAGAAGUACAUCUGUAAGAAACCAGCGGAGGGUGUUCAUGUGACAACCGUUCCACCCACCACCCCGGCCCUGAGCUGUGAGGCCGGGUGGACUCCUGCUGGCAGAAGAAGUGUCUGCUUCAAACUUUACAAAAAAACAAAAACUCACAAGAAGACUUGGCAGGAAGCGCGGGACUUCUGCAAGGCCAUCGGUGGGGAUCUGAUGAGCGUACACAGUAGACAGGACCUGGAGAACGCUCCGUUUCAUUCCUCUGACGCAGCCUGGAUCGGCUUCAGCCUGGGUACCAAUCAAGGAUUUGUCUGGAGUGAUGGCUCAGCUUCAGACUAUGAGAACUGGGGCUACGGUGAACCAAACAACCACAAUGACAUUGAACACUGUGCAGAAGUCCAUUUAUACUACGGACGACACUGGAAUGAUGCGCACUGUGAGUCCACCAAUGACUGGAUCUGCCAGAUACGUAAAGGUGUGACUCCAAAACCUGAGCCUGUCCACAUGGAACCAGUUUACAACAAAACAGAAGAUGGCUGGAUUAUAUACAAUGACACACAUUACUUCAUCAACCAUGACGUCCUAGAUAUGGAAAGUGCUCGAGCCUACUGCAAAAAGAACUUUGCUGACCUUGCAGUCAUCACAGGGGAUAGUGAGAGGAAGUUCCUCUGGAAACGGAUACAAAAAGGCUCCGUGGGACAGUUCUACAUUGGGAUGACAGUGGAUUUAGAUAAAUCAUUUAGCUGGGUGGAUGGCACCCCUGUAACUUACACUGCAUGGGAUAAAAAUGAGCCCAACUUUGCUAAUAAUGAUGAAAACUGUGUGACUAUAUACCAGAACAUGGGGUACUGGAAUGACAUCAACUGUGGUCUGGAACUACCUUCUAUUUGCAAAAGGAGCAGUGAUUUUGUCAAUACAACAUCGGCCCCUACAACUAUUCCUACAGGAGGAUGUUCACCAGGGUGGAUACCUUUCCGAGGAAAGUGCUAUAACAUUUAUGUGGGGAAUGACAGUAAGAAAUGGCAGGAGGCCAGGACGUUUUGCCGAAGCCAAGGGGGAAAUCUAGUUUCUGUCCUCAGUCAAGGAGAACAAGCUUUCCUAACAACACAGUUGAUGAAAUACAAUGAGGAUUUGUGGAUCGGCAUGAAUGAUGUCAACUGGGAGAUGCACUUUUUGUGGACGGACGGCAAAGGCGUUCUGUACACCAACUGGGCCAAAGGGCAUCCCACAUCCACGCCAGACGGACGAUAUGCAUUUAUGGAUGAGGAAUACGACUGUGUGAUUAUGGUAGGCGGCAUCUCCAAAACAACAGGAUCCUGGAAGGUGGAAGACUGUCACACAAAGCAUGGCUUCAUCUGUAAAAUAAAUGUUGACUCCCGGAUUGUAGUCCGACCUACAACCGUGUCACCGAAGGCUUUUUACAAACUUGGCAAUGACUCCUACAAACUGGUGGCCCAGAAGAUGAGGUGGGAUGAGGCGAGGAGGCAGUGCCAAGCAGACGAUGCAGAUCUGGCCAGUCUGCUCAAUCCUAUAAACCAGGCCUACCUCGUCUUGCAGAUUUCCAAGCACAAUGAGCCUGUGUGGAUUGGACUCAACAGCAAUGUGACCGGUGGGCGGUACAAGUGGGUCGAUAACUGGAUGCUGUCUUAUACCAAAUGGGGCACAGAUGAGCCCAAACACAACUAUGGCUGUGUGUACAUGGAUGUGGAUGGAAAAUGGAAGACUGCACCAUGUAGCGAGACCCAUUAUUCACUUUGCAAGAGGUCACCAGUCAUAGCUCCCACUGAGCCUCCACAACUCCCUGGAAACUGCCCAGAAUCAAAGCGGCAGCGAACCUGGAUACCUUUCAGAGGCCACUGUUACUCCUUCCUCAAUUCAGUGGUGAACAACUGGGCCCAUGCCUCAGUUGACUGUCUGAAAAUGGGUUCUUCUCUUGUGAGUAUUGAGGACCCUCAGGAGAGUCUGUUCAUAACUCAGAAUGUGGAGCGUCUACAGGACGGUGCCAAGUCCUUCUGGAUCGGCCUCUACAAGAAUCAUGAAGGCGAGUGGAUGUGGAUCGAUAACAGUGUUGUUGACUACACCAACUGGAAACCAGGCCAAUUAAAAACAGAUUCAUGUGUAGACAUCAACUCUGAAACUGGGAAGUGGAGCACAAGCAGCUGCAGCAGAUAUAGGUCUUACAUCUGCAAAACACCCAAAGUUAUUACACCAACGGAAAAGCCACCAGCUGUUGCCCACAUCAUUAAAGAACCUUCUCACGGGUCAGCUGGAAUCACUGUGGCUGUAGUACUAGUUGUAAUCGCCUUAGCUGGACUUGGUGCCUUCCUCCUCUUCCGUAAACGGAUACCCAACCCUGUACUGGGAGAAAGCACCUUUGACAACAAGUUAUACUUCACCAAUCCACUCCGAGCCCAUGUGGACACCAAGGGUCUGGUGGCCAACAUCGAGCAGAAUGAACAAUCUUAGAUGGACAUGAGAUCAGUUGUGAUUAGCCCAAUGGAAAUGAUAUGAUCAGAGAUUUUCUAUUUUGGUUUCUGUCUUUAUUUUGGAUCACUGUACUGGGAGCUGAAUCACAACCAAAGCCUGUGGUGUUUUUCCAAAUACGAAGGGAGGGGAAAGAUUAUUAUAUAAUAACAUGAAUCAUUAUAUAAUAAUUAAUACAGUACAAGCACUGGCACAGCACUAAACAAAUCAUGGAGGAGAUAAUAAGUGAACAAUCUAUAACAAAAUUUACAAGAUGACGUGAUUUGUGAAAUGUGUACAGAUUAUAUUUUAUUUUUACCAACCAAAGGAAAUGAGAACAUUUGUAGACCAAACACCAGUUGAAAAUCAAGAAGGGUGAAGAUGUUUAAUUAAUGAAAUUAGCCAGAUUUUUCUCAGUUGGAUUGCUUGGAUUGGCUCUAUGGCCUGUUCAUCAGCAUAUUUCUGGCUUAAAACAUUGUAAAUAGAUGCAAAAUAAAAUAAAUGAAAUGAAAAAA